AUGGGUUAUCACGGAUGGAACAGCGGCACAGACAGUAUCACAUUUAAGCAAGCACAAGUGCAUGUAGCAGUGUCAGAGGCACUUGGAUCAGAGACCCAGGAUACUUGCGGUCGUACAUCUACCACCACUACCACAGUUUUAGAUGGCAAAAAUGGAUCCAUUCACAAACUACCAGGGAAGAUGACAAGAUCUGUUUCUCAGGACCUGAAGACAACAUUCAGUUCUCCAGCGGCAUGGCUACUUGUUGUUGCCCUCAUUGUUACAUGGUCAGCAGUAGCCAUUGUAAUUUUCGAUUUAGUAGACUACAAAAGUUUUUCAGGAGGAACCAUUAGCAAACUCCGAAACGAUCCAGUCAGAAUUAUACAUGAUGCUGUGGACGACACUACGGAUUGGAUAUAUGCCAUCUUUUCCACUGUAUCAAACCUAAUAUCAUUUGAAGAGGAACGCAAAG